AUUUAAACAGCGCCAUUUUCAAAGGAAUAGCCGACAAUGGCGACAGAAUCCAAGCCUCUUGAGGCUUCAAAGAAAGAAGAUGCUUAUAAAAUUGGGGCAACUCGUGUACUGCAAUUAAAGCACUCGCCUAUGACAAAAAUGUCAUACUAUAAACAUUUUAUGAGGGAGGAUAGACCCAUGCAGGUAGUUUUAGUUGGAGAAACGACUCAAGAAAAUGAAGAUCUGCAACAAGCUCUCAAGACUAUGGGUGUUAAGACCCGUAUGUCUGAAACAGGAAUGGACUUCAUUCACAUGGCUUCGGAGAUUGAGACAGUUUUUGUUCUGUCUGAGUUUGGAGGUGAUGUUUUUCACAAUCUCUACAAAGCUGAGGCAAACAUUGUUGGCCCACCUGUGAUACUGCUUUGUGCCAAAGAAAACAAGGAGAUACCAUGCCAUUCCAGACCUUUAUACUGUACAGCUAUGGAAGGAGUUAUAUUGUGCUUUACUGGUUUGGAUAAACAAGAGGCUAGGCCUUUAGCAGAAAUAGUGCACCAUAUGGGAGGGAGUGUACGUAGAGAUGUUUCCUCCAAAGUAACUCACCUCAUCGCUGACUGCACAGAUGGUCCUAAAUACAGGCUUGCCAGUAGUCUAGAAAUUCCCAUUGUGAAAACAGACUGGAUCUACAAAGUAUGGGCAGAUAGGGAUGUCAUUGGAAUGAAGGCAGAUGAAAAAAUGGUACAACACAGGGUUCCCCCAUUCUACAAAUGCUGCUUGUGUUUUUAUGGUUUUAGUGAAGAGGAUAAAAAGCAUAUGGAAGAAGUCACUGCAGGAAAUGGGGGAAUAUUUGCGGAGAUUGGUGAUGAAGACUGUACUCAUUUAGUGGUGGAUGACCAACAAACACCAGAGCUUCCUAAAGAUAUAGUGCUACCACAUUUUAUAGUCAGAGCAGAGUGGUUUUGGGGGAGUAUACAAAUUGAGGCCUGCUCUGAUGAAAGAUUUUAUGAAUAUCAAAAGGAAACAAAUUCUGAGUCAGUAUUUACUCCUGGUCGGUCUAUAUCUGGAUCCAAAUCCCGCAAAAGAAAGAGGUUAAAGGAGAAUAUAGCACAGCUAGCUGCAGAGGGUGAGCUGGACUCCCCAUUAUACAAACGACGGUCCAGCAGUGAAUACAGUCGGAUUUCCAUGAGUCCUAGUUCAUUUCUGGACGCCUCACAUACUCCAGAUAAAUCAGAUGCAUUGGCUGAAACAGCUGAAAAUGAAGAAAAGUCAAAGGUCAUGCCAUCUAAGUUAUCUCCCAGACAACAGGUUGUCAUGGAAUUACUCCAAACAGAAAAGAACUAUGUUGGCAUUUUGCACACCAUUUUAAAUGUUUUUAAAUCAGAAAUAGAGAAACCCAAUCAAUACCAUGGUGCUAUUCUGGCCCCACAAGAUAUCAAGCUGAUAUUUGGUAACAUUCCUCCUAUCUACAAAGUUCACUGUGAAAUCAAAGAGGAGCUGACAGCCAUGAUGGAAAACUGGACAGAAGAAUGCUUAGUGGGUCAGGUCAUAUCAAAACAUGCUGAAGCAAUGCUGAAGGCAUAUCCUCCCUUUGUGAAUUACUUUGAACAAACAAAAGAAACCAUAGCUAAAUGUGAUAAAACAAACACAAGAUUCCAUGCUUUCCUUAAAGUGUGUCGGAGUAAACCCGAGUGUGGUCGUCAGAGUCUGACAGAGUUGUUGAUUCGGCCUGUUCAGAGACUUCCCAGUGUUUCUCUGCUUCUUGGAGAUAUAAUAAAGAAAACCAGUAAAGAUAAUCCUGAUUACGAGAGACUAGAAAAUGCCAUAGACCUUGUUAAAGAAAUUAUGACACAUAUCAAUGAAGAUAAAAGGAAAACUGAGAACCAGGUUGUGAUGUUUGAUAUUAUGAAUGAAAUCGAUAACUGUCCAGCUACCAUCCUAUCCUCCCACCGUAGUUUUGUCAGUAAGGCUGAUGUGAUAGAGUUGUCAGAUGAGUUAUGUGGACGGAGUCUCCCCCUGUCAUUGUUCCUAUUUACAGAUACUCUGGAGAUCUGUAAGCGAAGAACCAAAUAUGGCAGCACAGCAAAGAGCCCUGCCCUAAGGAGGAGUCCACAGAAACAGUACAAACACCUGGGUCUUCUACAGCUGAAGUCAGUCAAACGGGUCAUUAACUACAGAGAAUCGGAAGAUUGUCAGAACAGUUUUGGGAUCAUCUGUCGGUCCCAUACAGAUGACAAGGACAAACUAUACAGCUUCAUGAUAGAUGAGACAGACUUCAAUAAAUUUCACUUCCUGACCUCUCUAGCCAGGUCUAUAGCUCAGACCAGGUGUCUGGCUGACCAU